AUGGCGGACGCGCUCACAGAUGCUGGAAAGGCAGUGUUCGAUGACGUGGUGAUGGCCCAAAAGGUGCCGGCCGCCGUGGUCCAGCGCUUCAACGAGUGCCUCAUGACUGGCGAUCCUACGCCAGAAGAGGACCAGAAGGUCAUCGCGGAGUCCAUGUUCACCUGGGCUCGGGAGCUUGGGGCCAUUGAUUUCGCCCACUGGUUCUUCCCGCUCCGGGGCGGCGGCGGUGCGGUCGGGGGCAUGCUGGGCGCCUUUAAAAAAGACACCCUCAUUGACCUGGAGUUUGGGUCCCCGUUUGUCACCAAGCCAAUGAAGGCCUGCCUUCCCCAUGAGCGCCUCUUCCAAGGGGAGACGGAUGGGUCCUCCUUCCCCAACGGCGGACUGCGAGUGACGCACUCUGCGGCCGCCUUCACCACCUGGGACCGCGCAUCCCCUCCUUUCGUCAUGGACAGAUGCUUGUACAUCCCCUGCGCUUUUGUGACCCACUUCGGCAAGUGCAUUGACGAGAAGACUCCACUGCUGAGAUCCAUGGAUGCAGUGUCCAGUUCAGGGCUGCGGCUUCUGAAGACGAUCGGCAUCACAGAUGCGAAGACCAUGUUCAGUUAUUUGGGCUGGGAGCAAGAAUUCUUUGUGAUCUCCGCGGAGCAUUACAAGGCCCGGCCGGACCUGGUGAACUGCGGGCGCACGCUCUUUGGGAAGCUGCCCACCAGGCAUCAGCAGGGGGACCUGAACUACUUCCAGCCCAUUCCGGGCAAGGUUCAGGAGCUGCUGGAUGUGGCGCAGGCGCAGAUGCUGAAGAUUGGGUGCCCCAUGGCGGUGAAGCACAACGAGGUGGCCCCGGGCCAGCACGAGAUGUCUCCAGUCUUCCGGGCGGCCAAUGUCUCAUGUGACAGCAAUGUCUGUUUCAUGGAAGUGAUGAACAGGGAAGCGGAGAAGCUCGGCCUGCAAGUCCUCUUCCAUGAGAAGCCCUUUGCAGGGAUCAACGGCAGUGGCAAGCAUGCCAACUGGUCGGUUGGAACUGACACUGGCCUGAACUUCUUCUACCCGGGCAAAACCGAGGACGGAGCCAAGCUUUAUGUCACAGCCAUCGCCUGCCUGGCCUAUGGUUUGUCCCAAUACAACGAGCUGGUGCGAUGUACCGUGGCCUCAGCGGGCAAUGACCAUCGCCUGGGCGCGCAAGAGGCGCCUCCAGCGAUCAUCUCCCUCUACCCAGGUCAGGGCUUCGAGCAACACGUGGACAGCAUCGUGGCCGGGGGGGAGCUGUUGGGCUACAAGGCGGAGAAGAAGAAGCAGGACACCGGCUGCAGCGCGGCAAUGCACAUCGAGGCCAACGUGGAGGACAGGAACCGCACGGCGCCGUUUCCCUUCUGCGGGAAUCGCUUCGAGUUCCGGGCCGUCGGCUCUUCCCAGAACUGCUGCCUGCCCAUCAUGGUCUGCAACGCCAUCAUGGCGCAGGGCAUGGCGCAUCUGGCAGGACUCAUCGAAGGUGGGAUGAGCCACCGCGAUGCUGUGGCACAAGUGUACAAGGAGAAUAAGCACGUGAUCUUCACUGGCAACGGCUACUCUGCCGAGUGGCCUGUAGAAGCAGCCAAGAGGGGUCUGCCCAAUCUUAACACCACGCCCAAGGCGGUGGCCACUUGGAAAUCAGACAAGAACAUCAAGCUGUUCGAGGAUCUGAAGAUUUACACCGCAGAAGAGACAGAAGCACGCCAAGAGGUCAUGUAUGAGAACUACAUCUCUUGCCUUUGCUGCUCGAGUCAAGAUUAG